AUGGCAAAGGAGGAAGAAAAGUAUGAAGAAAAUUGUAUUGAUUUAUACAUAAUGAUAAUAUCAAAUUUAACAAGGUGCAAAGAAGGAAUAUAUAAAAUACUUGAUUUAAAAGAAGAUACUAAUGUUGAUAUAAAUGAAGAUAAAUUUUUUGUUAGUUAUUAUUUAAAUAAAUUAUUGUAUUUCUUUUUCUUACCAAUAAAACCAUCAGUUAAUAAAAAUAUUAAUGAUAAAUAUAUAUAUGUUUCACAUAUAUUGAUUAAUAUAAGUUCAAUUAAAGAAAGUUCUUUAUUUUUUAAAAAUGUAUCAUUUUUAAAUAAAAUAAGUGAACAAAUAUUAAAUAAGGAUAGGUUUAGGGCUAUGUUACCAUUUAUAAUAAACUUGUGCUUAAAUGAGACUACAUAUAAUUAUUUAUUUGAUGAUAAUUGUAUUUUAUUUCCAUAUAUAUUAUCAUACGUUUAUACAAAUAAUUAUUCUUUACGCAAUAAUAAUUUAUAUAAUUCAAAUAACAUAGACAAAAAUGAUAAUAUACACAAUUUAAUUUUGCAAAAGGCAACAGUUUUAAUUAACUGUUCUAUAAUAAAAAGUAGAAUUAUUAUUAUUUUAUUAUAUCUAUGUAAAAGGGAUUAUUCAAGAGAAAAACUUCUUAAUUAUGGAAUUUCUGAUAUUCUAAAAAAUUGGAAAUCAUAUGAAAAAGAUACUGAGCUACUAUCUGAUAUAGAGAAUAUCACUAAUAAGUUUGAAGGAAAAAAAGAUGGUGAAGCUUUUACUAGUUAG